UGCAAAAAGUAAUCCGAAAAAUUCAACACUAAAGACUAAAAACAAUUCUUAAGAAUGUUUUAAAUUGGAUAAAAAUGCGUUUUCCUCUUCACUGACUCCUCAAACGCGAUUUCUCCUUCAACGGCUGAGAUUUGAUCGACAACAUCCAACACUACCAUUUCCGAUUCCCCAAAACUCGAUUUUCAUCUUUCAUCUCAGAUAACCCUAUCUCUCUAUCUUCAACAGCAACCUUCCACAAUUCUUCAGCUUCCAACUUCAGCAUACGCCGCCAUGUUUCUGGGUAGAAUUUUGUCAAAUUCUUCAUCUAAAUUCUCUACUUUUGCCAUCGCUUCUCUACAUUCUCAAUCAUUUCUUGUAAAACCCAGAUUCAAUUUUGAUAAUGUCAGCUGCCAAAUGAGACACUUAUCCUCCUAUCCCAGAUUCGAUUUUGAAUCUAUACGUGAGCCCAACGAUGCCGUCGCUCUAUUUCGGGAUAUGAUGAGAACGGAGCCGCUUCCUUCUGUUAUUCUUUUCACCAAAUUGCUGAGUGCUGUGGUCAAGCUGAAACAAUACUCUGCUGCACUUCAUCUGUUCGACAAAAUGCUUCAAAGGGAUGCUCCUGUAGAUCACUACACCUUGGGUAUUGCAAUUGAUUGUUGUUGCCGACUGAAAAGACCAGAUUUUGGGUUUGCAAUCUUAGGCAUUUUUUUCAAGCGUGGGUACGAGCCUACUGUGGUGACUUUUAAUACUCUAAUCAAGGGGCUAUUGUUGGUUGGAAGGAUCCCAGAGGCAGCUAAAGUGUUAUGCAAGCUGUCAGCCUAUCAACUGUGCGAGCCUGAUGAAUAUACGUAUAGUACUAUAAUUAAUGGGUUAUGCAAAGCUGGAGAUAUUCUCCAGGCGAUUGAUUUGCUCUGCUCAUUGGAAAAAGGAAAAGGGAGCUGCAAACCCAAUGUCUAUGCUUACAACAUAGUCAUUGAUGGUCUAUGCAAAGAUGGAAAGGUGGACGAAGCUCUCCAACUCUUCUCCACUUUGGGUGAUAAGGGAAUUUCACCAAAUGUCGUGACAUAUAGUUCAAUAAUUGAGGGGUUAUGCAAAACGAGAAGAAUGGACGAGGCUGAAGAUAUUUUAAAGAAGAUGAUUGCUGAUAAGGUCUGCCCAGAUGUGUGGAUAUGUAAUAUCUUUGUGGAUGCUUGGUGCAGAGAAGGAAUGGUGGAAGAGGCCGAGCUUAUGUUGGUAUCUAUGAAGGAGAUUGAUGUUCAACCCGACAUUGUCACUUACAGCACUUUGAUAAAUGGAUAUUGUUUGCAAGGGAAAAUUGACGAAGCUAGGCACAUUUUCCAAUUGGCAUUGAAUUCUGGAAUCAAGCCUGAUAUCAUAAGUUAUAAUAGCUUGAUGAAUGGGUAUUGCAAAAUGGGGCGACUCGAUGAAGUUUCACGUCUUUUUACCAUAAUUCCCUACAAAAGGUUAGAGCGCGAUGUGGUUUCUUAUAACAUAAUGCUACAUGCUUUAUUUCGUGAAGGCAAAUGUGAAGACGGUUUGAAGAUGUUCAAAGAGAUGGAAGCUCUACAAGUGUCUCCGGAUAUAAAGACUUACAAUAUCUUAUUGGAUGGUCUGUGCGGAGCCCAUCGUAUUGAUGAUGCAUUUUCGGUGUUGCAUACCAUGGAAAAUAAAGGCAUCAUUCCCAACAUAGUAACAUACAAUGUUCUCAUUGAGGGAUUGUGCGGUAAUAAUAAAGUUAGAGAAGCAAAAGAUCUGUUCGACGAGCUUCCAUCCAAAGGUUUGCAGCCUGACAUCAUAACAUAUAAUAUUCUCAUUGGUGCACUUUGCGAAGAAAGGCAGAUAGAGGAGGCUAAAGAUCUGUUCCAUGGGCUCACAUCCGAAGGUUUGCAGCCUGAUGUCGUAACAUAUAGUAUUCUCAUUGGUGCAUUUUGCAAAGAAGGGCAGAUCGAGGAGGCUAAGAAUCUGUUCCAUGAGCUUCCAUCCAAAGGUUUGCAGCCUGACGUCAUAACAUAUACAAUCCUUAUCGGUGCACUUUGUGAGGAAGGGCAGAUAGUGGAGGCUAAGGAUUUGAUGAUACAAAUGGUAAACAAUGGUUGCUUGCCUAAUAGUGUGACAUACAAUAUUUUUGUUCAAGGUCUUCUCAAAAGGAACAAGAUCAAUGAUGCAGUGCCACUUUUGGAAGAGAUGGAUUCAAGGGGAUUCACACUUGACAAAACUGCAUAUUCGAUGUUGAUUGAACGUAUGAAAAGGGAAGAUAGAGACCGUGUUCUAUUUGAUAAGGUUAAGAAGCUCGCACCAAAGGACUUCUAUUAUAGUUAGGUGGUAAGUUGUGUUUGAAGGUCAAGAUUUAUUUCAAUAGAAAUUAAGGGGAAAGUACAAUUGCUUAUUUGUUUAUUUAAUCUCUAUGUUAUGAUGAUUUAAAAUGCUUCAAUUGUGUAGUUGUGAUCUUAUUUAUUUAAUCUCUAUGUUUUACUA